UCUGACUGCCUGUGACAUCAUUGCUGACAGAAGCCAAUAAGACCACUUUCCCCCUUUCUCUGGGAUACAGCCUGUGGUGGAGCUGAGCAGCCAGGCUAAGCGAGCUGUUAUCCAUGUUCAGCCCGUCUGGCUGAUGCAGCGGACGGUUCAGUUGCUAGGGACCUGAGGGCCUGGGAGCACAUACGCCAGCUGGCUCCCAUGCAGGGAAUGGGGAACUUCCGGCUGGGCAGAAGGACUGUGAUGUACACAGUGGAAACUAUUCCCAAAGGGAAGAACCGAGUGCUGGGGACCAUCCAGAUCAUGACUGGCUUCAUACACAUUAGCUUUGGGAUCAUUCUCAGCACCCUGUCCAGUGUAUAUACCUCAUUCUUUGUAUCUGGAGAGAUUCCCUUCUUGGGAGGAGCAUCCUUCAUUGUUUCUGGAUGUCUCUCAAUUGGUGCUGAGAAGAGUCCUACUGAAUGUGCAGUAAAAGGCUCACAAGCCAUGAAUAUCAUCAGUGCCAUUUUUGCGUUACUUGGAAUAUUGGCCUUUAUCGUAGAUCUGAGCAUAAAUGGGCCAUUUCAUUCAGAUGAUAAUUACGAGUAUUCACUAGUGAUGACAGGCAAUAGGAUCGCCAUUGUGCUGUUGACAUUCACCAUUGUGGAAUUCUGCAUUGCAUCAGCAACUGCAUAUUUUUGGUGCCGGGCAACCCGCUCUGACUCCAAUGAGGCUAUAUUGAUCGACCCAAACACCGUCAGGACUGAUAAUGAAGUUCCUUCUGUAGAAUCUUCCAUACAUUGUCUACCAAGCUCUAAUGAUUAUUCUAGCUGGCAGGCCAAUGAAAACAAAGGGACUGUCUCUCUCUACUUUCUCCUGUACUGUCUCCAUUUAAGCCUGGAACAAGAAGACACGUGACUUGAUAUUUUUUGGCUCGGAGUAAAAGGUAAUGCUUUCUUUUGCAUGGGCUGUAUAUGGAAAUAACAUAUGUGACACGUGGAUUGCUAAGCUAUCAAAGUGUGGUUCAAGGACAAUCAUGAUACUUUGUUGGAAAUAGUCACAAAAUAGUUGGUGACCCAGACUGAGAAUAUGGAAGUGAAGCCAAUAGAUGCCCAAUGUGGACAUUAAUGCAUCUUUUCAGCUCUGACUGGCUCUGUUAUUAACUUGGUACCCGUUGAAACCGAAACCAGUUCAUGAUGUUAAUUUCUAUUGGCCAAAGUCCUGUGUUGCAGCUGAUUAAUAAAGACUCUACCAUUCUUAGGUGUACUGGCAAAUGUCCAGUAUAUGCAACUGUCUGGGCCUCAGUCUCUGUAAUUGAUUCCCCCUUAUGUUUUCUUAUGGGAACUGGAGAUCAGAAUACUGUAGAAAGUAGCAUCUGCAGAUUAAUUUGAGCAAAGCUGAUUGGCUUUAUAUGAAGCAUAUCUGCAACUUUGGAUGCUUGUUAUUCUGUUUGCCAUUCAUAUUUGCAUUUAGUACAUUAUAUUAAGAUAUUCAUAGAACAGCCUUGGGAAAUAUUCCAUCCUUUAUUCUUUGCAAGUACCGCUUUUUUGUGACAGUCUCACUUGCAGCUUUGCUGAGCCAAAAUUGCUGUUUCAGUUUCUUUUCACUGGCUGUACCAUAUAAGAAUGUUUCCUCAGAGGGCAAAGCGCUCCCACCCCAGAACGUUAAAUCCUAGUUCAACUUUAUGUAUUUCAAAGUUGGACAUGCAGUUUAAUACCUCCAUGUCUUAUAAAGAAAAAAAAUGGCACAACUUUUAGUGGAUAUCCAAAAAUCUUGGGCAGUAUUUUGUAGUAAUCAUUUCUAAUGAUGGACCAGUAACAUUUUUUUAUAUAUCACUGAAGGCCAGCUGUUACCCUGAUGCAGGGUCAGAAACACUGGAAGAAACAUGGGACUAUUACAUGUCUGUUCUUACACUGAUAACCAGACUGAAUUGAUUCUGGAUUUAACCUACCAUUCUCCAAAUGGUUCCCUCCCAAUGUUUAGGACUAUAACUCUAAUUAACUACAGCUAGUAAGUACAGCCAGCGUUCAGGGAGAAUGUAGGGAUACUGUAAGCAAAAUUAAAAGUGACCUAAGCUUGGAAAGGCUGGCUUAGAAGAAAUGGCUUUUCACUUAAAAAUGUCUGCUGCAAGAAGGAAAGCAUUUAGACUGGAUCCUGACCCUUAGCCAAGUAUGCAGCUUCAAUGCAGAAUGCAGGAUUGCUACCUAAUCCAUCAGGAAAUUCUCUUGGUCACACAGCACCGAAAUGAGUUAGAGAGUCCAUAAAAUAUGUGAUGUUUGUGAACAUGGAUCAUGGAAUUUGCAAUGGGGAAUUUGAUAGACCCUGGCCUUGGCCUUUAAAAAUGUUGGGUUGAGAUGUUUUCCCCUUUGUUUGUUUCUGGCUGCAUAUUAUGUAUUUUGUACUGUUUUAAGAGUUUGGAAUUAUCUGGCUUGAGAUUGGUUUCCUUGGCUUCUAAGCAUCUUGACUAAUUUUUUUUCAGAGCACGUUUCAAGGGAAAUUUCUACAAUUUUAAUACCUUUCUGUGAAACAGGGAUACCUAACUUGGGUGACUUUCCUGAGGUCUGGUUCUUGUAACUGUUUAUUCAAUUUUAGACCAAGUUAAGUCUUAGAUUUCUUCAGUGAUUCACUAUUUUUAAAUCUGACCUUGUUUUUCAUGAAUGUUUUUAAAAACUGCAAUAAAACAUGUACUUGAGACAA